GCUACAUAAGGAGAGCUGUCCUGUCUGAGGUGGACAUAUAUGUCUACAGAUCAAAUGCGAAACUGAAGAGAACUGCCAGGGUAUAUUGGUCCAUUGGUAUGUCAAGGGAGAGCGAGUGAGAUUGACAGAUACAGUGAUUUGGAUUUUGAGCGGCCCGUGCGAAUCGGGAGCAGGCAGAGAAGAGGAAGUGGGGGUCAGCUAGAUUUCUUAAAAUACAAACCAGCUGUAAGGAACUACUCUGAGUCUGUUACAUACAAAUUAAGUUAACCUCUAAAAGGCGACCCCACUGUGAAAGAAACUACAGAGGAGAUGGUGGAGUGCCUGACAACUUUGGUUUACCUUUUACUUCUCUCUUGUGUCUCAUCGACUGAAUCCCGCAUUCUGAAAUUUGUUGUUGCCGUAUUUCGUCAUGGCGAUCGAUCCCCCAUUGAGUCGUUUCCCAUGGACCCUCACAGUGAGGAAGCGUGGGCACAAGGCUUCGGGCAGCUAACUGAGUUGGGGAUGAGACAGCAGUUUGACUUCGGCAGGUUUCUAAAGAGACGCUAUGGACACUUCCUCAGUGAAGACUACAACAGCAAAGAGGUGUAUGUGCGGAGUACAGACUAUGACCGCACUCUAAUGAGUGCCCAGGCUAACCUGGCUGGGCUGUUCCCCCCAAACAGACGCCCCCCUCCCAUCAUGCCCCAGUUACCAUGGCGGCCCAUUCCAGUGCACACUGUCACCAGAGCACAGGAUAAGCUGUUGAAGUCCCCAAGCAAACACUGCCCCAGGUUUAGAGAGCUGAUGGGGGAGACGUUUGACAGCGAACACUACCGGAGAGUUCUCAAGUCUCACCAGCGAUUUAUACAGGAGCUCUCCAACCACACUGGGUAUCCUGUGUCUAGGCUGCUGGGCAGGAAUUCCAUAUGGAGGGUCUACGACACUCUCUCCUGUCAGAGGAAUCACAACCUGACCACCCCUGGCUGGGCCACGCAGGAAGUACUCAACACUCUACAGGAAAUAUCCUCCUUUGAGGUCAUGUUCAGCGUCGUCACUCACAAGAGAAAGGAAAAGGCCAGGCUCUCAGGAGGGGUUCUGUUGAAUGCCAUCCUGAGGAAUUUCUCCAAGGCAAUGGAGCAAAGGAGCACGCUCAAGUUCAUCAUGUAUUCAGCACAUGACUCCACCCUCAUCACUCUCCAGGCUGCCCUAGACGUGUACAAUGGUCUUCUUCCUCCUUAUGCUGCCUGUCAGCUCUUUGAGUUCUACCAAGAGGACGAUGGGUCCUAUUCUCUUGACUUGUAUUACCGUAAUGACUCAUCCCGUGAUCCCUACCCGACCCCUGUGCCUGGCUGUGAGACAACUCCGUGCCCUCUGACCUCAUUCACUGACCUGGUUAAAGAUGUCAUCUCAACGGACUGGGACGCCGAGUGUGGGCUCAAACCAUCAUGGUCCAACACAGGUGUCAUUGCGGUGCUUGCAGUGGCAGUUGCUAUCCUGACAAUGGCGCUGUUGGCCAGCAUAGCUGUGUUAAUUCACCGGAGUAGAAACCUGUACUCCAGGGAGGGGUAGUCUGGCUUGAAUACGUCUUCCUAAAACAUCCUGGAGGCAUUUGGAGAGGACAGGACAACACAUCAAUACUUAUAGGCCUACUAUGAGAUUAAAAUGGAAAUAAUCCAUACAAUGACCUUGUGAAUUUUGUUCUCUUGCGAUCCAUUGUACUUUUUUGUAUUGUGUUGUAUUGAGUUCCUAUUGGAUGUUGUUCUAUUUAGCAGAAUGUCAAGUCAUCUUAGGUCUUGGUUGAGUGAUUUGGCUUUUAUAAUAUUUAGAAAAUGAUUGAAUUAGUUGUCUCCUUGACUUUUUCCACAUUAUUGUCACACACAAUAAUACCCCAUAAUGUCAAUGUGGAAUUAUGUUGUAUUUUUUUUUUUUUUUUAACGGAUGAAUU